GAAAAGGGGAAAGAAAGAGGGGCAGAGGAGGGAAGGCGACUGCAGUCCGAAAGGAGCUUUUGGAAGCUAGGACCGUAAGCGUCAGGACGUGGCAUUGGUCGAGAGAAAGCCUGGGCUGGCCAGAGCUGCCGCCGGCGCUGGGAGAGCAUUUAUUUGGGAGAAAAAGAGGGGAGAGAGCAGAGGGAGGGGGAGGAAGAGAGUUCAAACCGAAGUGGAUGGAAGGGGACUGGGGUUUCUGCCGCGCAAGGAGCCGCGAGCCAGGGCGAUGGCGCUAAGGACGGCGCGGAGCAGCUGCGCUCCCGAGAACGCGUCUCCUCGCAGAGGACUAGCAGGCGUCGGGAAGGUCUGCGCCAACGGGAACCAACUUGUGGCUCCAAAAUGUACCCAACGCAGCUGGAAAUGAGAUCAAAGCUGCAGUUGCAUUUGAGAACGAUGAGAAGAGCCAGCGAUUAGGGAGUUUUUUUUUUUUUACCCGUUUUUUUUUCUUCUUUUUCUUUUUUUUUUCUUUUUUCGUGUGUGUUUUUUUAAUUUGCCUGCCACCCUGUCUGUCCCCUCACUUCGCCCUCCCCAUUUGAAAUAAAAGCCCCAGUCUCAACUUCCAUCACCUCGGCGCUCCCAGAGCCACUGCCGGCUGAUGGAGGAGAAGGGGACCCGGGGGCUGGCAGGGGCCACCGGCGAGGGACCGCAUCCCGCGUCUCCCCCGUGAUCCCGGCCCCGACCGCGGAGUUCUGCAACACCUGGAGGAUCUGGACCGGGUGCUGGGGGUGGGGGCGGGGACAGAGGCAGGAAAGGCACCCCGAGCCUUAAAAAGAAAAAAAAAAAAAAAAAAGUAGCGGGGGGAGGAAUGGGUUUCUUCUUGACAGCCGACGGAGCCUUGAAAUUUUCCUCCACUACCUCCGCCCCCGCCCUCGCCCCCGCCCCCCGCACUCCAUUUAACGUGAGAUUAUGAAAUUGCAGAGGCGGUGGAGGGAAGGAGACAGGAUAUAACCGGAGUUUGGAGGGGAGAGGGGAAGGUGGCUGGCCGGGUGGCUGAAAUCAAAAAUUCAAUUGCGCACUGGGUUGUGAUGAGAAAUCUAAUCAGAUCUUUGGCGAAGGGGCUGGCCGGAAGGAUGGCGAGUGGGGGGAAGUUGCUCCCCAAAUUCUUCGAAGGGGAGGCUGGGGAGAGGAAUUGACGAUGUAAAAGGAGACUUUUCUUUUGGUGGUGGUGGCUGUUGGGUGCCUUGCAAAAAUGAAGGAUGCGGGACGCAGCUCUCUCCUGGAACCGAACGCAGUGGAUAAACUGAUUGUGCAAGAGAGAAGGAAGAACGAAGCUUUUUCUUGUGAGCGCUGGAUCUUAACACAAAUGUGUAUAUGUGCACACAGGGAGCACUCAAGAAUGAAAUAAACCAGGGUUAGACCCGCGGGGGUUGGUGUGUUCUGACAUAAAUAAAUAAUCUUAAAGCAGCUGUUCCCCUCCCCCCCAAAAAAGGAUGAUUGGAAAUGGAGAACCGAGGAUUCACAAAGAAAAAAGUAUGUUCAUUUUUCUCUGUAAAGGAGAAAGUGAGCCAAGGAGAUAUUUUUGGAAUGAAAAGUUUGGGGCUUUUUUAGCAAAGUAAAGAACUGGUGUGGUGGUGUUUUCUUUUCUUUUUGAAUUUCCCACAAGAGGAGAGGAAAUUAAUAAUACAUCUGCAAAGAAAUUUCAGAGAAGAAAAGUUGACCGCGGCAGAAUGAGGCAUUGAUUGGGGGAGAGAAACCAGCAGAGCACAGUUGGAUUUGUGCCUAUGUUGACUAAAAUUGACGGAUAAUUGCAGUUGGAUUUUUCUUCAUCAACCUCCUUUUUUAAAAUUUUUAUUCUUUUUGGUAUCAAGAUCACGCGUUUUCUCUUGUUCUUAACCACCUGGAUUUCCAUCUGGAUGUUGCUGUGAUCAGUCUGAAAUACAAUCAAGAAACUGAGAGUGAGAAAGAAGGGACUGGCCAGAGUUACUCAGCUAGACAGUGACAGACAACAGUGGAACUUCCGAUUGGCAAACGCACUGCCUAUUUACAGCAUAGAGACCCCAGUGGAGAGCUAGACUGUUUGAAUUCCAGAAGGACCAACACCAGAUAAAUUAUGAAUGUUGAACAAGAUGACCUUACAUCCACAGCAGAUAAUGAUAGGUCCUAGGUUUAACAGGGCCCUAUUUGACCCCCUGCUUGUGGUGCUGCUGGCUCUUCAACUUCUUGUGGUGGCUGGUCUGGUGCGGGCUCAGACCUGCCCUUCUGUGUGCUCCUGCAGCAACCAGUUCAGCAAGGUGAUUUGUGUUCGGAAAAACCUGCGUGAGGUUCCGGAUGGCAUCUCCACCAACACACGGCUGCUGAACCUCCAUGAGAACCAAAUCCAGAUCAUCAAAGUGAACAGCUUCAAGCACUUGAGGCACUUGGAAAUCCUACAGUUGAGUAGGAACCAUAUCAGAACCAUUGAAAUUGGGGCUUUCAAUGGUCUGGCGAACCUCAACACUCUGGAACUCUUUGACAAUCGUCUUACUACCAUUCCGAAUGGAGCUUUUGUAUACUUGUCUAAACUGAAGGAGCUCUGGUUGCGAAACAACCCCAUUGAAAGCAUCCCUUCUUAUGCUUUUAACAGAAUUCCUUCUUUGCGCCGACUAGACUUAGGGGAAUUGAAAAGACUUUCAUACAUCUCAGAAGGUGCCUUUGAAGGUCUGUCCAACUUGAGGUAUUUGAACCUUGCCAUGUGCAACCUUCGGGAAAUCCCUAACCUCACACCGCUCAUAAAACUAGAUGAGCUGGAUCUUUCUGGGAAUCACUUAUCUGCCAUCAGGCCUGGCUCUUUCCAGGGUUUGAUGCACCUUCAAAAACUGUGGAUGAUACAGUCCCAGAUUCAAGUGAUUGAACGGAAUGCCUUUGACAACCUUCAGUCACUAGUGGAGAUCAACCUGGCACACAAUAAUCUAACAUUACUGCCUCAUGACCUCUUCACUCCCUUGCAUCAUCUAGAGCGGAUACAUUUACAUCACAACCCUUGGAACUGUAACUGUGACAUACUGUGGCUCAGCUGGUGGAUAAAAGACAUGGCCCCCUCCAACACAGCUUGUUGUGCCCGGUGUAACACUCCUCCCAAUCUAAAGGGGAGGUACAUUGGAGAGCUCGACCAGAAUUACUUCACAUGCUAUGCUCCGGUGAUUGUGGAGCCCCCUGCAGACCUCAAUGUCACUGAAGGCAUGGCAGCUGAGCUGAAAUGUCGGGCCUCCACAUCCCUGACAUCUGUAUCUUGGAUUACUCCAAAUGGAACAGUCAUGACACAUGGGGCGUACAAAGUGCGGAUAGCUGUGCUCAGUGAUGGUACGUUAAAUUUCACAAAUGUAACUGUGCAAGAUACAGGCAUGUACACAUGUAUGGUGAGUAAUUCCGUUGGGAAUACUACUGCUUCAGCCACCCUGAAUGUUACUGCAGCAACCACUACUCCUUUCUCUUACUUUUCAACCGUCACAGUAGAGACUAUGGAGCCGUCUCAGGAUGAGGCACGGACCACAGAUAACAAUGUGGGUCCCACUCCAGUGGUCGACUGGGAGACCACCAAUGUGACCACCUCUCUCACGCCACAGAGCACAAGGUCGACAGAGAAAACCUUCACCAUCCCAGUGACUGAUAUAAACAGUGGGAUCCCAGGAAUUGAUGAGGUCAUGAAGACUACCAAAAUCAUCAUUGGGUGUUUUGUGGCCAUCACACUCAUGGCUGCAGUGAUGCUGGUCAUUUUCUACAAGAUGAGGAAGCAGCACCAUCGGCAAAACCAUCACGCCCCAACAAGGACUGUUGAAAUUAUUAAUGUGGAUGAUGAGAUUACGGGAGACACACCCAUGGAAAGCCACCUGCCCAUGCCUGCGAUCGAGCAUGAGCACCUAAAUCACUAUAACUCAUACAAAUCUCCCUUCAACCACACAACAACAGUUAACACAAUAAAUUCAAUACACAGUUCAGUGCAUGAACCGUUAUUGAUCCGAAUGAACUCUAAAGACAAUGUACAAGAGACUCAAAUCUAAAACAUUUACAGUUACAAAAAACAAACAAUCAAAAAAAAGACAGUUUAUUAAAAAUGACACAAAUGACUGGGCUAAAUCUACUGUUUCAAAAAAGUGUCUUUACAAAAAAACAAAAAAGAAAAGAAAUUUAUUUAUUAAAAAUUCUAUUGUGAUCUAAAGCAGACAAAAUUAUGUGUAUUCCUCAGAACCUGUUUUUGCUGCACUUACUCACUAUUUUCCCACAUCUCAUUCCUCCCUUCCCUGAUUGCCAUAUUUUUCAUAGCAGAUCUCAAUUCCUUAAAGAACUGGUCUAGGAAAUUUUGUAAGAAUUCUGUUACACUUUGAGAUUUUUAUGGUGAAUUCUAGUGGUGAGAUCCAGUCUAUUUUGUCUCUCUCUCUUUUUUUAAUUUUUUUCUUUUUCCCUCAUACCCAUAUGAAGUAAUCCAAUGGGGAAUGCAAUAUUAGAAAUAGAUUUUUAAGAGAGAACAAGGAAAAAAAUGCAAGAUCUUAUAUUUUUCAUGUAAUGACCUGUUCUGUAUUUAUGAGGAAGACCAUUCUAUGGAAAAGAAAAGAAAGUAAGCAAACAACAGAUUAAUUUACAUAUGAGCAUCUAUAAAACCCAUGACUUUUAAACAACUCUAGAACCAGAAUUUGUAGUUAAAAAGCUAAAAAUAAGAUUAUAAAUAAAAUAUUGUUGGUUUUUCUGUA